GAACAGGUCCAACACUUCCUGCAAGCUUUGUGGGUGCAACAUGGCCACUGAAACUCUCAAACCAGCCAUGGAAGACUAUUGGGAUUACGAUUUUAACUCCAGUGCUAUACCUGACUAUAAUUACACACUGCCUGAGUUUCCUGACACUUUGACCCCUGCGAUUCAACCGAUCCAGAUCGUGGCUCUUGUUUUUUAUGGCCUCGUGGUCCUGCUGGGUGUCCCCGGGAAUGCUAUUGUGGUGUGGGUGACGGGGUUCUGCAUGCAACGCUCUGUCACCUCUCUCUGGUUCCUCAAUCUUGCGCUGGCUGAUCUUCUGUGCUGCCUCUCGCUCCCUCUGCUGAUGGUCCCUCUAGCCCAUGAUGACCACUGGCACUUUGGCUCACUGGCUUGCACAUUGGUCAAAAGCCUGUUUUACGUGGUGAUGUACUGCAGUGUCCUGCAGCUGGUUGUGAUCAGUGUGGAUCGCUGGAUGCUGGUCAGCAGACCUAUUUGGUGUCAGAACAAGAGGCGACCUAAGCAGGCUGUCUUCGGGUGUGUUGGUAUCUGGUGCCUUGCCCUGAUAGGCAGCAUCCCCCAGUUUGUCUACACCAAGGAGAUCAAAGCAGGUGAUGAAAAGCGAGAGUGUCAGGGAGUGUACACUACCCUCAGUGCCUGGCUCGUCACCUCCUACCGCUUUGUGGUGGGAUUCGCCCUCCCUUUCCUGGUGAUUGUAGCCUGUCACUUGGUUGUAUACUGGAAAACAGAGAGUGGACUGUCACGGGGUCGGCCCCGCUCCAAGCGCACGCUGAGGGUCAUCAUUGCUGUGGUGCUAAGCUUCUUCCUCUGCUGGCUCCCACUGCACAUUUUGGACUUUGUACUGUUGGUGACCCCUCGAAAAUCCCCUAACAGCCCAAAAGUUUACCUGGCACACACUUUAGCACUCUGCCUGGCGUAUUUCAACAGCUGCCUCAACCCGCUGCUUUAUGUGUGUUUGGGCCGGGGCUUCAAAGACAGCAUGAACCGCUCCCUGCGCAACAUGCUCCACUUCAUCAGUGAGGACCCUACGGCCAAGAUGAGCAUCGCUACUAUGGACACCAAGAGCUCGAGCACGGGAAAGGAGACAACUAAAAUUUGAAAGUGCAUUGACUCUGAUUCAGGCUACUGUGGAGUAAGCUUUAGUUAUAAAAGUGAGACUAUCUCCAUGCCCAUAUAAAAGUGUGAAAAUAGCAACCCUGCUACUGGACCAAUCAGCCUCAUAGUUUGUGUGCACAUGUAUGACUGAGUGCCCAAGGAUCUUUUGUGGUUGUGGUGAUUCACAACUGUUGGAAAACCUGUUUUAAUCACAUUUUCUAUCAUCAUUAUUUAUUAACAUCAUUUGUGGUUGUGCUAAAUCCUCCUCUUAAAUGACUGGUAGG